AUCGGUUUCUUCUUCUGCAAAUUUGAGUAUUCACAGUAUGCGUAAUUAUUUUCUUAUAGACAAGAAGAAGAAAAGAGACACAAUAACAAAAAUGUAUGUUUUUUUUGCUUUUGUCCGAUGAAAGCAUCAAGCCCAUUUACAAAAACAAAAAGCACAAAAUAAGAAUUGCAAAGGGCAAGGAAUUACUUAAUUGGCUAAAGUCUUGUGCGCGAAAAAAAAUAGAAAAGUUGACAACGCAAUGUUUGGUUUUAAUCCAAAGGAUUACGAUUUGAAAGUGGAACUGUCACGUUGCUUCAAUGGCAUUGGCACAGUUUACCUGGCACAGUAUUUACCCAACGGACAACAUAUCGCCGUAAAGAAGUAUCGCAUGGAUAAGGCCACCAAAGAAGAGAGCUUACUGGUCCGUGAUGAGCUACUUAUCAUGCGUCAGUUCAAUCAUCCCAACCUACACACAUUCUAUACCUCAUUUGUAUAUGGAAAUGAGCUGUUCCAGAUAGCGCCACUCAUGGGCUUUGGUAGUUGCAAGGACACAAUCGCCAAUUGCUUCCGUGCAGGAUUUCCCGAAAUAUUUGUUGCGCUAAUAAUGCGAGAUGCUCUAUCUGGUCUUGAGUAUCUACAUCGGCGCGGUUACAUCCACCGCUCCAUUCGUGCCAGUCACAUAUUGCUCAACCAAACAAAAGCUGUGCUAGCAGGUUUCCGUGAAUGUACGAGCAUUGUGGCGCAUGGAGAACGUAUCAGCGCAUUACAUAAGCUAGCUCCCUGCAGCGCACGUAGUCUUAACUGGUUAGCACCGGAAGUGCUCGAACAGAAUAUAAUCGGCUACACAGAAAAAUCUGACAUUUACUCGAUUGGUAUAACAUGUUGCGAACUAGCUAAUGGAGUAGAGCCGUUUGCUGACGCGCAACCAACUUUCAUGUUCACCGAAAAAGUGCGCGGCAAUGUGCCAACAUUAUUGGAUCGAUCAACAUGCCCUGCCAGUGAGGAAAUGAUUGAAAUAGUUGCUAGCACUGAUUCAGAUUCAAUUAGGCAGGCGCAACAAAUCUACUGUCAGCGCGUUUUUUCUGAUGAGUUCCAUCAAAUGACAGAAAUUUGUAUGGAAAAAAGACCAUCCAGUCGUUGGACGGCGCUACAGCUCCUGAAUCACUCAUUUUUCAAACAAUGUCGACACACAAGCAUUUUUGAUCAGUUGCAGCGUUUCGGCUUAGAAACGAAAGACUAUUCGCAAUUGCGUGAUGAAAGUCUCGGCCUUUGCACCGACUUGAGCGAAAUGAACGUAAACAGCAAUGAUUGGGACUGGGACUUUUAAUUAAACUAAUAUAUUUCAUGAAAGCCAUAUUAGCAUGCAUACAUACUCAUACAUAUGUAUGUAUGAACACAAUUACAAAGUAUCUAUAGUUUGUAUUUAGUUUUUAAAGCCAUGAUAAAUCCAAAAUUCAAUUAUAUGUACUUACGCAAUGCCUCUAAGAGAGAAUAUGAAAGACUAUCAAAUAAAACGUUUCUAAAUUUGGUAAAUA